CUUAUCUUCUACUCUCAAUUUUCCACCCAAAUAGGUGCCCUAGAAAUUUAGAUAUUCUACCUACAAGUCUACACCCCAGCCGGACACUUGUUACUUUUGAUUUCUUGUCCAUUGCUGUUGUUGUUGAUUUACGGGGGAAUAUUUGGAUGUUCUGAUCUGGUUUGGUGUCUUAAUUGGGGUUAGGGUUUUUGUUAUUGGGGUUGUUGUGAGUUCAAAUGGCGGAUGUGGGUGAAGAAGAGGAGUAUGAGAGUGAUCCAGAGCAGGCGAAGCUAUCUCUGACGAUGCGGAGGAGGAGGGAGGCGAGUGACGAUGAGGAGGAAGUGGAUGAUGACGAUGAUGUGAGGGUUAGGGGAAGGGUAAGGGUAAUUGACUCUAGGGUUUCAGAUUAUGAAUCGGACGAUCAGGGUGCUGCGGCGGAGUAUGAUGAUGAAGAAUAUGAUUUAGCGGAGGAGGAAGAGUUGCUUGAGGAAGUUGAAGACGAACAGCUUGUACAAGGACGGGUUCGGAGUGAAGUUCAAGGUGUGAGGGAGGACUUGGAUGGUGUUAUCGAGGGGACUUCUGUGGGAGUCAAAAGGGAGAACGAUCAAACAGAUGGGGAUGGGUUUUAUGCACCUGAGAGUGUUGAUCAGUUUGAUGACAAUGCGAAUGGAACAGUGGGGGAAGGUGAGGGAGAGGGAGAGGGAGAUGGAGGGCCGGAAGAAAAGAAGGAGAACGAGCCAUUCCAAGUGCCAACGGCUGGAGCAUUUUACAUGCACGAUGACCGGUUCAGAGACAGUUCUGGUGGUAGACACAGGCGAACUCUUGGCGGGAGGAAGCUGUGGGAAUUAAGAGAUGACAGAAAAUGGGGACACGAUAAAUUCGAGGAAAUGUCUAUGCAAGAAAGGCAUUACGAUGAGGGUAGGAGAGCUCCCAGGGGUCGUAAUCGAGGCACCCGUGGUAGAAACCGAGGAGAAGAUCGUAAUUUUGUAUCAGGAAACAGACCUAAAACAUACAACAACAACAAUCAAAAUAAUACAUCCAGACCUGUGAGAGGUCGAGGCCCUAGAAAAUAUCAACCUACUUCACAAAACAAUUUUGAAGCUUCUUCACAAAACAGACAACCUGCAAAGUCAAUGGAGAAGACUGGUCAUGCAAAUUCAGGAAGAACAUCUGCUGCCACAUCAGCGUCAGAGUCCACUCAAGCUCCAGCUAGGAAAAACGUUCUGGCAUCAAAUUUGAAUUCUGCUUCUCCUCCAUUUUACCCUUCUGGAAAUAAAGAAACCAACUUGAAUCAGAAAAAAGAUGCUCAAACUGGAUCAGUUAAUAAGCGUGAAAAUUAUCCAGUUUCACAAUCCAAUAAUAACAUGCGAGGAAGAAAUGCUGUUUCUGAUUCUUUAAACAUUGAGAAGCUUUAUAUUGAUGAUUCUGGUCCCUCUUUCAUCAAUCCUACCCAAAGGGCUGAGGGGAGAGGCCCAGUUUCAUUUGGUCAAGUAUAUCAACCUGUGCCAGUGCCACCUCAUCACCAAGUAAAUCGGGUUUCUUCCCCAAACCAAGUUCAUUCUUUCCAACGUGCUCCUGCCCUUAACCAGCUUAACCCCAAUCUGCAAAAUCCCGGUCAGCAGUUCGGGCAGCGUUCUGCUAGUGGGUCCCGUGCUUCUUCCCCACCACCUAAAGAAUCUGCAGAAAUGGAAUCUCCUACAGAAUCUAAUGAUAAUUCUAAAACAGCAUUGGUUGGAAAUGGAAAUGGAAAUGGAAAAGGAAAAGGCAGUCUUCAGACAACGGGUAUGAGCUCAUUUUCUUAUCAUGGUGAUCAGAAUUUCCCUGGUGCUCCAACGUUUUUGCCAGUAAUGCAAUUUGCGGGGCAGCAUCCCGGUGGGCUUGGAGUUCCUGCUGUUGGCAUGGCAUUCCCUGGGUAUGUUGCUCAGCCCAAUGGAAUGGGGAAUUCAGAAAUGACAUGGCUACCUGUUUUGGCUGGUGCUGCUGGGGCUUUAGGUGCUGCAGGAGCUUUAGGGGCAACAUAUUGUUCACCUUAUAUCACAAUGGAUGCUGCUUAUCAUGCUAGGCCAUCUGGCCAGACCUCUGCACUGCCUCCUACAAGCAAAGACAUUAGUAGUACAAAUAAACCUGGUAGUGAAGUGAAGCCUUCUCAGAGACCUGAGCUUGCAAAUGAUGAAUUGAGGCAAAGACAGACUAAAGCUCGCAGAUACACAGAAAUGAAGUUUGAUAAGUGAAGUAUUAAAUAGGUGAAAACCUAUUUAAAAAAAUUAGGUGUGAGUGUGAGUUUCCAACUGAAUUCCUGAUGAGUGGUGUACUUGCUUGUGGUGCUGCAGGCCUUAGGCCAUCUUGUGAUCUCCAAUUUGGGCAGCUGCUGUAUUUCCCAAUUAUUUAAGGUAUGUGUUUGAAACGCCUGCUCAUGCUUCAUCUUCUUAGCAAAAGAAUGCAGCCUGACAGGUGGCAGGACUUUUUCUGGAUGCGAGGUUUAUUGUGGCUUUGUUUCUUUUGUUUUGUUUUGUGAAAGGCUUCCUUCUCAUGGGAAAGUAGUAAAGAACAAGAGAUAUGGUGCAGUGGCUUUGUGUCAAGUCAAGUGUAGUAAAACUUUUUUUUUUUUUUUCUUUUUUCUUUUUACCUUUUUUACUUUUCUGUUGGAAGUGUCUUUGGUAUUUUUUUUAUUUUUGUUUCCUCAUGUAAGUUGUUUUUCUCAACUUUUAAGGACUGAGUUGUGUUUUUUUGGGGGGUUGAAUCAUCAUCGUAUGUUUUGGUUUUGCUGGGUGUGUGGGUUUGUUAUUGGUAUGCAGUUGUCUGACCUCUUUUCUUUAGGCAGUUAAAAUUGCAAUAAUAAAAUCAACCCCUUUUUUGAA